UUUGUUGCCCUCGCACUGGAUAGAAUACAAAGUCGUUAGAUUAGUGAACACGUUGCUUGUUAGCAGCGAUGCAUGGGUAUCGAACGAGAGAAACAAUUAUGAGACCGACAGUUUUUCUCUUUUUCAUUCUUUAUUCCUGCAUCUUAACGACGUAUUCUAGUGCCGAAGAUAUUUUAGGUUGUGGAGGAUUCUUGAAAAGUCAUGCCGAUAUCGACUUCGCAAAAGUUCAGAUAAAAUUAUACACGAAAGCUGGUAGUCUUAAAGAUUCUACAGAAUGUGCCCCUAACAACGGAUAUUAUUUCCUUCCUCUCUACGACAAAGGAGAAUACGUUCUGAAGGUGGAUCCACCCAGGGGAUGGAGUUUCGAACCUACGGAAGUUGUAUUGAACGUAGAUGGAGCAACGGAUGCUUGUAGUCAAGGCAAAGACAUUAAUUUUACCUUCAAAGGUUUUGGUAUCACAGGCAAGGUCAAUAGUUUAGGAUCUGAUUCUGGUCCUAAAGGUGUUACUGUAACAUUGUACAAAGAAGAUAACCAGCAAGUUCCUGUUGGCACAACAGUCGCUACAGAGGGUGGUAUAUUUUAUUUCACCCCUAUACAGCCUGGACGAUAUAUGCUCGUUGCAUCCCAUCCUACAUGGAUGAUGAAGACAGAUACAGUCAGAGUAACGGUACAAGAAGGGAACACGGAACUUCCGAACGGUAGUCUGGUCAUCUCUGGAUACGAUGUGAGCGGCCGAGUUACCAGCGAAGAAGAACCAGUUAGCGGUGUAACAUUCGUAUUAUUUGGAAAUGGUGUAGCUAAGAAUUGUGCAACCACACCUAUAAGUAAAGAUCUCGAAUCUAGAAAGCCUCUUUGUCACGUUGCGUCAGACAGGAGUGGUAAAUUCGUGUUUCCAAGUUUGUCACCCGGCGAUUAUAAACUCGUACCGUAUUACGCCGGUGCCCAAACGAAAUUUGACGUUCAACCACCCGAGUUAUCGUUCAAAGUAAGUCACAAUAGCGUCGCCUUACGUCAAGGGUUCAAGGUAACUGGUUUCACGGUAAACGGUCUUGUUCGCACUGCGAUCGAUGGAGAUCCUUUGCCAGCAGCGAAAGUUUUUCUCUCUCAAAAGCAAAUUGCUACAACGGACGCGAAUGGAAAGUACGUGUUGGAUAAUAUGAAAGCCGGCCAAUAUACUCUAAAAGCUGAAAGCGGUACGUAUCCUUUCCUUUCUUCUUCCCCCUUUAUCACCAAAACGGUCAAGAUCUCUCCCAGUUCUCCGGAACUACCUGUUCUAAUACCAGCAGCGUACAAACUUUGCGGAAAAGUCACUCUAUCGACGAAAGGAACGUUGCAUCAUCGAAAGGUUUUCGUGAAGAACACGGCUGUUACGUUCACCAAAGAAAUCGACACGGAUCCAAAGACGGGAGAGUUUUGUUUGUACCUUAGCCCUGACAGAUAUCAAUUGAGCGUUGUCGUAAGCGAAGAAGAAAGAGCCAAAGGCUUGCAAUUUUUCCCGUUGCAACAAACGAUCGACGUAUCGUCUCGAGCAGUGCGCAAUCUGAACUUUCUUCAGUUAAAAGCCACGUUAACGGGGACGGUAAAGUGUUUAUCAGGAACCGAUUGUAGUCAGGCUUCUGUUACCUUGAAGAUACUCGACGGAGUUACGAUAAAAACGAUUCAUUCGAAAGAUGGUCAGUACCAAUUCACGGACGUGUUGCCCGGUCAGUACGAGGUCCUAAUAGACAAUGAUAUCUUUUGCUGGGCAAAUCCCAGUUACAGAAUUUCAGUAACUUCGGAACGAUCCGAAUUACCGCCGUUCGAACAGACUGGUUUCUCCGUUACUUUCAUAUCUUCCCACGACACCAUGGUCGAAUAUUCGAAAGUAAACGAAUCGAAGAAAUUAGCAUUGGCUUUGAACAAAGGGAGCACUAAACAUUGCGUAUCUGAACCUGGAAUGUACACUUUUGCCCCUAGAAGUUGUCACGUUUACGAAAAAUCGUCUUACACAUGGGAUACCAGUACUCUUAAUCCUGUUCUGUUACAUUCGACGGAACACAGACACAAAGGAUACAUUGUAUCCCGUUCCGUGUCAGACGGAAUUAAAGUGAAGAUCGAAAAUGCAGCGGGAGAUUCUACAGCGAUAAAUACAAAGACGCUCGGACCGUUAAAGUGGAAGCAACAGAAAUCCUCGUACAAGUACGAAUUCGAGUUCGAAGCGAAGACGGAUAACGUCUAUACUAUUACACCGUUAUCGGACAUUCUCCUAUUUAGCCCGGCAUCGUUGAAGGUGCUGGGCGUGAACGAUUGCCAGGACGAUAUCGCUACGUUCGAUGGUGAUUUAGGAAAGAUCAUCGCUGGUAGAAUUAAUCCGCCGUUGAAGGGAGUUACCGUGGAAAUAUUUGGCAAGGAUAAAUCUUCACCGAUACACACGCUGGUGACGGAAAACGAUGGAACGUACGCUAUCGGUCCUUUGGACGGCAAAAUAAAGUACAGCGUGACUGCGGAAAAGGAGGGAUUCGUAAUCACAGGACCUGACGCCGACGGUGUAUUUUCCGCUCACAAAUUGGCCGAAAUUAUCGUACAGGUGUCCGAUCAAGCCGACAACAUUUCGUUGCAAGGUGUCCUAUUGUCUUUGUCCGGUGGGCAAAGUUAUCGAAAGAACAGCAUAACCGGCGAAGAUGGAAAAUUAAUCUUCAACUCUCUGUCACCUGGCGAAUAUUAUUUGAGACCAAUGAUGAAGGAGUACCGUUUCGAUCCUCCGUCGAAAAUGAUCAAAGUUGUGGAAGGUGCGACAGUAAAAGUAAGUCUUUUCGGGAAGAGGGUGGCGUUCAGCGCGUACGGUUCUGUCACGUCCCUAAACGGCGAACCGGAAGCUGGAUUACUGGUUGAAGUUCAAGGACAAGGAGAUUGCGACAAUCUUCAGGAGGAGGCCACCACCGAAGAGAACGGUAGCUUUCGAAUCAGAGGGCUUCAACCGACGUGCACUUAUGCUUUCCGGCUGAAACCGAAUGCCGAAGUUAAUUCGCACAUCCAGCGUACUAGUCCUGUCUCUACAUCGGUGCAGACUUCGACGGACAUUCGAGGUCUUCGAUUGGUUGCGUUUCAUCCGAUAUCUCGCACCGACGUUUCCGUACACGUGGUGUCCGCGCAACCGGAACACUAUCGUACAUUAAAGGUGAAACUUUGCAGAGAAGACACGCCCGUGUCUCCGUUACAUACGGCGAAAUUAGAGGCUCCGCAGCUGAACAAGGUCGGUGGUAGCGCGUACAACGCUGGCUUCCUCGUGCAUCUGCCUCCGUUGCAGGCGGACGGGAGAAAAUACUCUGUGCAAUUGGAGUCUUCUCUGUCCCAUACGUUGCACAAGUAUAAAACCGCUCCGUUUUACUUCGAAGCGAAUUCCUCGUUCAAGUACGUGAAACUGACGUUCAACGCGGAACGAAAGGUUGACCAGAGCGACAUGAACCAAACGUCCGUAGUCGCGUUACCUUUCAUCAUGCUCGUUACCGUCGCGUUCUUCAAUCGCGAAAGACUGUGGCUGUGGUUGAACGCAUUGGUCGAAAGGUGGUCGAAACCGGUACCGAACACGAGAACUCCGACACAAGCUGUUCCGAUCGAUCCAAGAGCGGACGACAUCAUAGUCGAGCAAAUAAUGAACAUUAACAAGAGAAAAAUCAAGCCGCGCAAGAUGUAACCACCGUGACCAAUUUUUUAAUCCUGUCUAUUACCCACCGUGUUCACGCUACGCGUUAAGUACUGUACAUAUGUAUGUAUAAAUAUACAUAGAGGAGCGAUUUAGCGGAUAUAUUUCAUCAUUGUACCUAACGAUUCACGCCGGCAUAAAUGAACGAACGGCUUUCGGGGCAUUCGU